AUUUCUAGCACGAUCCUGCCUCUGGAUCUAUAUAGUCAAUCAUAUUUCCUCGCUUUUUCUUCCUUCUUUGUUCGCUCUAACCUUUCCCUCGCUUUCUUGGCCUGUCUUCCACCUUAUCCUUCCUCAUAGCUAUUAUCGAUUUAUUAUCUAUAGACUCUCUCUCUCUCUCUCUCUCUCUCUCUCUCUCUCCCCAAAAAGAUCGACUUGUCAUACAUCCUCAACAUGCAUCGCUCAAACGGGUACUCGUACCAACAACAAUCCACAGGUUCCAGAACCAACCACGGCACAAGCAGUGCUUUCAGUCCCAAUGCCAACCCGAAUGAAGACUGGACGAAGAUUUCGGAUCUUGCUGAACGCCGUCGCAUCCAGAAUCGCAUUGCCCAGCGAAACUACCGCAAGAAACUAAAGCGGCGUCUGGAGGACCUGGAAAAGAGAGCUGCGUCGGCUUCAGAAUCUCCAGAGCGAUCUCUGGAGAAACCCGAGGCGCCGGCAAAGACAAUCAAUCCUGUCAAGUCUCGCUCCAAGCACGCUCGAUCAGCCAAGUCCACUUCCAAUGUCCACCACCCCAGCUCCGCAGACCGAGUCUCCACAUACGAUGGCUACCCUGCGCAAGAAGAUCGAGGAUCCAUGUUCCAGUACCAGAGCACCCGACAGCUUUCGACAUCGCCUCCUCCGGUUCUCUCGUACUCGUCGUACUCGUCGAUGGAUCCCUACACGCAUCCCACCUACGCCCAACCCCCCGCAUAUCACUCAAUCUCCAACCCUUAUACCGACCUGUCAUUCCACAGCGAGUAUGGGUCGCCCGUCCCGUCCAUUCUCCCGGUUUCCAUGAGCACCGGUGGACCGGCCAAGAAGUACUCGUACGCCGACGAGGAUAUCAUCAGUCCCUUCAGCAUGAGCUACGCCUCGAUGGCGGGAAUCGAUCUCUCUCCGGCACCGCAACACCUCUCGGAAAAUAACAUUCCUAUGCCACCCUUGUCGCAAGUCUACAGCGACGAUCACUCUUCUCCAUCGACUCCCGCAGAGCCUUCAAGUCUGAUAUACCCACUUACGCCAGAGCCAGACCUCUGUUCUUUACACCCCUAUCCUCUUUUGUGAUGUUCCGG